AAUUCCGUACCAGAGACUGAGCCAAUGGAAUCGGAGACGCCAGGUGAAAUCCCCGGAGCUUCGCCGGACUUCGAUCACUGGACCUCGCUCAUCUCGCAGAUAGAUACUUCAUCUCCCGAUGACGUAGACAGAAUAUCUACAGUGUAUGAUCCCUUCUUGGCGGAGUUUCCAUUGUGCCAUGGAUACUGGAGGAGGUACGCUGACCACAAGACGCGUCUCUCCUCCAUUGACAAAGUCGUUGAGGUCUUCGAACGAGCUCUGCAGGCUGCAACCUACUGCGUUCCUCUGUGGCUCGACUACUGUACCUUCGGUAUGUCCUUUUUCGAAGAACCAUCCGAUAUUCGCAGAUUAUUUAAGAGAGGCAUGUCGUUUGUUCGGAAGGACUACGGGUGCUACACUUUGUGGGACAAGUACAUUGAGUUUGAGUAUUCUCAGCAGGAGUGGAGUUUACUGGCGCAGAUUUACAUCCAAGCUCUUAGGUUCCCUACCAAGAAGUUGCACGUUUACUAUGCGAGUUUGAAGAAGUUGGCCAUCUUGUUUAAAGAGGAGUUGAAAACCCAGAGUAAUUCUAUUUUGGAUUUGCAGUCAGAAGGUGUAUUUAAAGAUGAUGUCCCUAAUUUUUAUGGAGAUAAUGAAAUCUCUCUUGUAGUCAAAGACCUUCUGAAUCUAGAAAUUGGCUCAGGAAGGUCUAAAGCGCUGCAAAGAUACAUGUAUAUCGGGAAACAGUUGUAUCACGAAGCAUGCAAGCUUGAUGAAAAGAUCAGUAAUUUCGAGACCAAUAUAAGGAGGUCUUACUUCCAUGUGAAGGAGCUUGAUGCUGAUCAGUUGGAGAAUUGGCAUCACUAUCUGGACUAUGUUGAGAUGCAAGGGGAUUUUGAUUGGGCGGUGAAGCUUUAUGAGAGGUGCUUGAUUCCCUGUGCUAAUUACCCUGAGUUUUGGAUGCGUUAUGUGGAUUUUAUGGAAAUCAAUGGAGGAAGAGAGAUUGCAAACUAUUCUCUUGACCGAGCAACCCAAAUAUAUUUGAAGGUAUUUUUAGUGUCGGUGAUUCAUCUCUUGAAUGCCAGGUUUAAGGAGCAAAUAGGAGAUGUACUUGGUGCCCGUGCAGCUCUUCUUCAAUGCAAUUCAGUGUCGGAUACACACUUUGUUAAGAAUGUUAUCUUAAAGGCUAACAUGGAAAGACGCAUGGGAAAUUUCACAGCAGCUUCUACUAUAUUCAGAGAAGCACUAGCAAUGGCUGCAGAGAAGAAACAGUCGCAUACUCUUCCUAUUCUAUAUGUUCACUUCUCUCGUCUUACAUUCAUGAUGACUGAUAGUGCGGAUGCUGCACGAGAUGUCUUGAUAGAUGGCAUUAAACAAUUGCCUCACUGCAAAGUACUUCUAGAGGAGUUGAUAAAGCUUGCAAUGAUAAAUGAAGGGAAGCAACACUUAAGUAUGAUAGACUCUAUUGUAGCCCAUGAAAUAUCUCAGGAAUCAGGAGUAUGUAAUGGUCUGACUGCAAAAGAUGCUGAGGAUAUUUCAAGCUUAUUUUUAGAGUUUGUUGACCUAUGUGGAACCAUCCAUGAAGUAAGAAAGGUGUGGACUCGGCAUGUACGAAUGUUCCCCUCUUCCAUUAGGACAAGUUCCUUGGCUCAACAGUCUGCCUUUAACGUUUCUGAUUGGCAAGCUACAUUCACAAAGUCUUUGAAUUUGCCUAGGGAGAAAGAGGAAACUUCUGCUAUGCCUCAGCAGCCAUCAAGAGAUUGUACUUCUGACUCCAUGAUUAAGCUCCCAUUACAGGAUGAGGAAAUGUUAUCCCCAGAAAAUCAUACUAAAGAGUGUGGCCAGGAUCCCAUAUACCAGCUAUCAGACCAGACAGCGCUAUCAAAACAACCCGAAAAUUUACAAGAAAGAUUGCAGCAUACAUCUCUGGAAGUUUCCAAAGAGCAGUCCCCAGAUAAUGUACCAGAAGCAAAUAUGUCCUCCACCGUAGUAGAAGUGAAUAUGGUAUCACGGGAAGUAUCUGACAAAGCCCUAGAAAAUGCUCCUGUAGCAGAAGUGAAACAAGUAUCUCGUGAAGUUUCUGAAGAGGCUACAGAAAAUACCCAUGUGGCAGAAGUGAAAAGGGAUUCUCACGAAGUUUCCGAGGCCAGAGAAAAUAUCCCUGAACCAAAGGGGCCAUCUGUAGAAUUAGGAUUUCAAGUUGCUGAAGGAAAUGAUUUGAUAGAAUCUUUACAAGAAAACACCAUGGGAAGCAAUGUUGAUCGAGAGUGUGAUACGACUGAACAAGACCCAAAGCCACUGUCUUUGGAGAGUCUUUCUUUAAAUUCCCAGGAAAAUACAAAUUUGGAUCAAAUACUGUCCACUUCUCCCAUGUCUGAAGCUUGUCCAGAAACAUGUACUUCAAAUGAAAAGAAGCUGGAGACUGAUUGCAACUCUGAAAAAGAGUCUUGUAUGCACAGCCGAAGAGAUGCUAAAGUGUCAGAAUCAGCUGGAAAUGAAGUGCCCAGUGGUAUGCCUAUACCGGUGUUCCAGCCACCUGCAAAUAAAUAUGGAGACCGGAGUGAAGCUAAUCGUUCUGAUAAAAUUGGUAAAGUUUCAAAGUUUGGCUUUCAGAUGCAGUUACAAAGAAAAUCACAACAGCAGCAUGUUCCUCCACAUAAAUACCCCCGAACUGAAGCAGGUCAUCCAAUGCCCGCAAGUCAAGGUCAGCCCUCUACAUUUGCACCUUCAGAAAGUCAACAAAUCCAGCAAGGUAGCCAGCAGGCGCAGCAUCAUAAUCAGUUUCAAGUUGCAAAUGGUCAUGCUAAUAUAGAAGCACCUAAUUCCGGCCCUAUAUCGAAUGUACAACCCACCAAUGAUGCCUCUUCAUCUCAGUCUCCGUUGCAUGUCCAACCUGUCGCUGUCCAACCUGUUGCUACGCAGAUGCCUCAGUCGACAGUAUUAGGCAAUGCACAGUAUGCAAUGCAAAGUACCCAAGCAUAUAAUCAGAUGUGGCAAUAUUAUUACUACCAGCAACAGCAGCAGUUGUUAUUGCAACAGUAUCAGCAGCAACAACUUCAACAAUAUUAUGUUCAGAUGCAACAACAACAGCUUCUUUUCCAACAGCAGCAGCAAUUUCAACUAACACAGCAACAGCUUCCUUUGCAACAACAACAACAACAACCGCAAUCGCAAAUACUAAAGCAGCUUCCUUUGCAAGAACAGCAGCAAUUUCAACAACUACAGCAACAACUCCAACAAUUUCAGCAACAAGUUCCUAUGCAACAACAGCAACAAUUUCCAUUGCAACAACAAUACAAUCAGCAAUUGCAGUCACAAUAACAACAUCCAUUCUACAUGCAGAAGCAUCCACAGCCAGUCCAACAACAAUCACAUCUGCAUGAACAACAUCAAAUCCCUCAGCCAUCAAUUCAGCAGAACUACCCCCACCAUCAGGAUCAGGCAGCUGUACUAAGAAAUUCAGAUGUGCAUGGUGGGACUGUCAUAUCCUCCUUAUCUCCUCACACCCCAGUAGAAUAUCCGCAGAAGUGA